CUCCAGAUGUCGUGGCGUUCGUCUUAUCGCUGCUCCAAGUUUCGUCUCGUCUUCGGGAAGCCAGCUACCAAGGAGCACAGCUAUGAUGGGGUGCCAAUCACACGCAGUGUCCAUGACAACCACUACUGCUCAGCCAAUCCCUGCUUCAUCGCUGUAGUGACAGAGUGUGCUGGGGGCGGGGCUUUUUUAGUCCUGCCAAUCCAACAUACGGGCAGGGUGGACCCUCAGCACCCCCGGGUGUGCGGCCACGGUGGCAGAGUCUUGGACAUCAAGUGGAACCCGUUUGAUGAUUACUGCAUCGCAUCUUGCUCGGAGGAUUGCACCGUGAAGAUCUGGGAUAUUCCUGCCUGGGGCGUCAAACAGAACAUUACCAAGGCCAGGAAGACUCUGAUUGGUCACUCGAGGAGGGUGGCGAUUAUUGAGUGGCAUCCUACAGCUGAGAACCUGCUGCUUAGCUCCGCCUAUGACUACAAGGUCCUGCUCUGGGAUGUGUCCCAUUCAGGUGCAGUCAUCCGGCAUCCCGUCCGGGUGCUCCUCAUGCCCGUUCAUCACCGUUACCCAUCGGAGGCGCUGCUGCUGUCUGUCAGCUUCAACAGUGAUGGCAGCAGGCUGGCGGUCACGUCCAAAGACAGACGGGUUCGAGUCCUGGACCCACGGGCGGGAAAGAUUUUACAGGUGUCCAGCAAUAAAUCUCACCGGGCCAGCAAGGUUUUAUACAUCGGAGGGUUGAAGAUGCUUCUGUCCACAGGCAGCUCACGCUGGAACCAAAGACAGAUCAUCCUCUGGGAUCCCGACGACUUAUCUGAGCCUCUGUAUGAAGAAGAUCUGGACGGAUCUGCAGGAGUUCUCUUCCCUUUCUAUGAUCCAGACACACAUAUGCUCUACCUGGCUGGAAAGGGAGACGGGAACAUCCGGUACUACGAGCUGAGCUCUGAGAAGCCUUACAUCAGCUUUUUGAUGGAGUACAGAUCCCUGCUGCCACAGAAAGGCCUCGGGGUGAUGCCAAAACGUGGCCUGGAUGUAAACGCAUGUGAGGUUUUCCGGUUUUACCGACUGAUAGCCAUUAAAGACUUGGUGGAACCACUGUCGAUGAUUGUACCACGAAAAGAGUCUGGAGUUUUCCAAGAGGAUCUUUAUCCGAUGACCUCUGGAAGUCAGGCGGCCAUGACGGCUAAGGAGUGGCUGCUGGGGGUCGACAGAGAGCCCGUGUUGAUUUCCCUAAAGCCUGAGAUUCGAAUAGAAAACCCUUACGCAGAAACCCCAGCGGAGAAGGAGCCGGUGCGGUGGUUCCAGAUAGCUCCACAUGGAGGUGCAGUGAAGACAGACCAGGACUUAACUGAGCAGGCCUUCCUGGAGGAGCAGCUGGCUUACCAGGAUGCCAAAUACCCCAGAGACCUGAGCGAUCUGUCCGGCUGGCAGCCAGAUGAAACGCAGGUUCCCCUCUGGACGUACUACUGCACCCCACACUGCUGCGAACCUGCAGAAACACCACCACCCACCACUGAGACGGAGCUCCUGCAGGCGUUUUACAGUCAGCAGGAUGAGAUUAAAGGCUUGAGGGAGGAGCUGCUUCAAAAAGAUGUGAGAAUUAUUGAACUGGAACUGGAGAUCAAGAACCAAAGGAACAAUUUGAGGGCGACCUUUUGAUUUUAAUCAGGUACAUGUUGUGGGAAUUCCUGCAUUUGUAUUCAGUCCAGCUAAAAACAAACUUUGGUUCAAGUUUAUAAUUUAAAUGUGUUUUUAGCUGGGAAAAGCGUGCACCUUUAACCUCAAAAU